CAUAGGCCCUGCUUGCCGAAAGGCGGUAGCCGCUAUCUCAUGAAAGUACGUACAUGGAGAAACAAAUUCCCCCUGUUUUAGGGGAUUUGUUUUGAGGACGUACACCGUACACGUAUCGAAGUCGCUCCUGUUCAGGGCGCGCUAGCGCUGGUGCCAGCAUGCACGCAUCAAGCAACCACCAUCUGCUGGAGAACCCUUCAUGAUGCCAUUGGCAGAUCUUGCAGCUUUCUACCUGCGGUAGCUUCUUUUGUGGUCUCCUUGCAAACCACAUUCAGGCCCAUUCGCUGUGAUUUUGCAGACCACAGUAGCAUCAACAGAAGCGCCACCGCAAGCAAGUGCUAACCUUUGUCCACAGACUCCUGCAGGUGGAACUUAGGGUUUGGCAGCAGCUCAUUCGGAAAGGUUAGGGCAUGUGAAGGAAUGCAGUCGCUCGGAAAUAGCGGAAUGCUGACCGUCCAGCUGGCUCUGCGGGCAGAUGACAAGCUGCGGGACCGGAAAGAGGCCUUGUUGAACGAGAGGAAGCUUUCCAUGGCUGUCAAUCUGGCCAGCUCCUCCCCAGACAGCAGCACAGCAUUCGUGGAAAAGCUUCUUUGCGCGGAGCGGAUCCUCCAACUCAAUGAGGAUGAACUGUACUUCGUCGAAGAUGGUUCGACAGGGCCUUACUCCCCAAGAAACGAGCUCGAGGCGCUGUACCAUCUCCAUCAGCUCCUUACCCCCUCUCAAAACCCCAUCACUAACCAGAGCUUAGAACCUGGAACCUCUUCCAAUGACGAACUCAGUACCCCCAUCUCUCAGCAGAGCACUAGUCCUUCUUCUCAAAUGUUGCAAAGCCUGGAGAAUCAGGACAGUAAUACAGGAAUAAGGGAGGCAGCCAAAGAUGAGGUUGUGAGGCGGCUCAUGGCUUAUGGCGGUGAUAAGCCGGUGGAGGCGGGGGAACGGUGUACAGGAUCAGCAGAGCAAGAGCUCUUAACGUGGGCGGAGCGGAAUGGCGUUGUCAGCAACGUGGAGCCAGCAGUCUUUCCAAGCACGGGCCGGGGUGCCGUCGCCACUGCUGACGUCGCAGUGGGCGAGACGGUUCUUGAGGUUCCAGAGACGAUGAUAAUCUCACCUCUGACGGCAAUGGAAUCGGACAUGGCGGACGCGUUCUCACGAGUCCCAGACUUGGACGAGGACACCGCAGCCUUGCUUUGGAGCAUGCGUGAGCGCCAUGUGUCAAGCUCCCGUUGGGCGCCCUUCUUCCGCUCGCUGCCGGAAGCCUUUCACACCGGGCUCAGCUUCAGCACCGCUACGAUUGACGAGCUCGAGGAUACCCCCGCGUUCGAGGGGCUGCUCGCAGCGCAGCAACACCUCCGGUCCCAGUACGCCGCUCUCUUCCCCGCCCUCACCAACGCCUUCCCGACAGUUUUGCCCGCCUCUAGUUUCACCUGGGACGAGUUCCUUUGGGCCUCGGAGCUGUGGUACAGUUACGGGAUCAAAGUGCAGUUCUCGGACGGGCGGGUCCGCACUGCGCUGGUGCCGCUCGUCUGUCUGCUGAAUCAUGCGGUCAGUCCACACGUAACCCACUUCAGCCGGGUUGACCCGCAAACCCGCACGCUGCGCCUGCCCGCCGCACGCCCCUGCCCCGCAGGCGCGCAAUGCUUCCUCAGCUAUGGCCCCCUCCAGUCAACCGACCUGCUGACGUUUUACGGGUUCACGGUGGAUGACAACCCGUACGACGCAAUCCAAAUGGACUUGGAACUGCCCGAGGACGACCUGCUGCCUGCGAAGCAGGCCCUGUUGACGGCUCGCGGCCUAGGCCUGCCACUCUUUGUGACGGCCGCAGGAGUCCCUUCACGGUUGUACGGGGCCCUCCGAGUUCUCCUGAUGGACGAACAGGAGCUCGAAGUGUUCAAAGGAGAUCCGAGGCGCGAGAAGAUAAGCGAUGCGAACGAACUGGCGAUGGGGGCUACCUUCCUUGGAACUAUCGAUGCGCUUUUGGCUUUGGGCCAACGACUUAGAGAGGCGAAUCUAAACGGCGACACCGACGAAAUGGAAGGCAACGACUGUCGGGAAAGUAAAGGCGGAAUUAGAGGCAUUGGUGGGCAGACGGAGAAUGUGCCUCCGUCCGAAGAAGGUUCUCAUGAGAGAGGGUUGAGAGACGAUGAAGAAGGAACCGUAGCUGUCGCAAAAAGAUACCGAGAACGGCAGAACAGGCUCCUCCUCCGGAUACGGCGCUCGUUUGUGGCUUGGUUUGAAGCUGCUGAGUAAGGAUCCAUGCUAUCUGAGAGCUUUUCCAUCUGCAUCUUCUC